GGGAGUUGAAUGGUUUUGCAAUAUAUGGUUUUAUCUCGCGUGUUUGCUGCUUCUGACGGUAUUCUUAUACUCGGAUUCAGUUACACAACUGACCUCACACGGGAGGCACGUCGUACACCUUUGGCUAGCCUCUUCGGAACACCUACCUCAUCAUCACAUCUGCUAUCUCCGCUCUUGUACCAUAAUAGAUCAAUAACGAUCAGAUGCCACAGGAAUGGGCUGCAUUUCUUGUUGUGAUUUCAUGAUAGGUUUAUGCUUUGAGUUGAUACCCACACCUCCUGUCACGGGCACAGACCAAGACCUUUAGAUGCCGCUGGAUCUACAGAAGGCUGAACAUUUGCCAAAUACAACACCCGACUUGCGCACGCGUCCACGACUCUAUCCACUUUGCAAGCAACCAAUUGCUCGCCACAAUGGACGCGCUACAAUCCUAUCUUCCUCAAGCGGAGGGUUUACUGCCCAAAUGGCUUCUAUUUGUCGCCAUAGUCUCUGUUGGCAACAGCCUCCAAUGCUACGCCACCCUCUCCUUCACUUCGCGCGUAUACAACCCUACAGCAAUUGAUCCGCCCCCUACCACGCCGAAACACGUAACCGCUCUCUCUUCGCGCACAUUCGGCACAUGGACAUUCUUGACGGGCAUGGUACGACUUUACGCCGCAUAUAACAUAAACAAUCCGAGCUUCUAUCAAUUGGCUUUGUGGACUUACGCUAUAGCCUGGGGACACUUCAUGAGUGAAUGGUUCGUGUAUGGAACUACAAGAUGGGGAAAGCCAUUAGCUGGGCCAGUGAUAGUCGCAACUUCAAGCUUAAUUUGGAUGUGGAUGCAGUGGGAUUUCUACGUCAAGGCCUAGCGUAGCGGGCUGGGGAAGAUGGGGUAUCGAAACAGAGUU